AUGUAUAAAAUACAACGCUUCAUGACUCUCGGGAAUGUUAAAUAUGCUUUUGCAAAGAUCAAUCAAAGGGCUUACGCUUCCACUUCUCGAGCGAAGGUUCCUCUAAACGAAGAAUGGGUAAAAAUUGUCACUAAAGAAUUGAAGGGAAAAGAUCCAGAAAAAACGUUGACCUGGCAUACUGCUGAGAAUAUCGAUGUGAAGCCAGUUUACACGAGAGCAGAUACAGAAAAUUUUCCGGAUGAAAUUCCUGGAAAGUUUCC